AGAUAACAGUUGUGGACCGUAGCACGGCGGCAUACCACAAUACAUCGUUCACAACAGCGUAACUAUUGUAGUGACGUCUGUAACUCUUAGUCCGUUGCGGCGUGCUCGUGAACACACCUCCAAACGUGUUUUGCAUGUCCGCUAUUUUUGUGAAUCGCUCAACGAUUUGAAACCAUUGAUUGUUUGUAUCCAUUCGCCAGAAUACUAUUCUGAAUAACGGACGUAAUGGCGGCAAAGGAGAAUAAAAAAAUCAAAAUAUUGGUUUGUGGUGGAAUCAACGGACAUAUCAAGACAUUUGUUGAAUAUAUUGAAAAAUUGUACAUUAAAAAAGGCAUGUUUGAUUACGUAUUUUGUGUUGGAGAUUUUUUUGGAGAUGAUGAGUCAAGUGAAAGAGAAUGGGAAGAAUUUAAAUUAUCUGGAAAAAAUAUUUCAGUUCCUAUUUACACUUUGGGACCAAACAAAAAAGAUCAUGAAAAAUAUUUUCAGAAUCUGCAAGAUCAACAAUUGGCCCCCAACAUAUUUUACCUUGGUAAAGAUGGAGUAUUUACUACAUCUGAUGGUAUAAAAAUUGGCUAUAUAAGCGGAAUACAAAAUGAUGAUAAUAAAGAAAAUGAAAUGCACACAUUUAAUUAUGAAUCUAUUUCUCAAUUUAAAGAAUCCUGUAUACGAUCUGGGUGUUUAUAUUUGGAUUUACUCUUAACUUCACCGUGGCCAUUAGAUGUUCGCAAUAAAGAACGUAUUCCAGAAAACCAAAAUAUCAAAGGUUUAAUUGAUAAAGUAACUGAAUCAUCGCUUGUGUCUUGGAUUGCUAUUAAUUUAACCCCACGUUAUCACUUAUCUGGCAUGCAGAAAGUCUUCUAUCAACGUAGUCCUUAUAAGAAUUGCAAUACUAAAAUUAUGACACGAUUUAUUGGAUUGGGUGAUUACAAUAGUAUAAAUAAAGAAAAAUGGAUGUAUGGCUUUGUUUUAUCGCCACUAGAAUUUAUCUCAAACCAAAUAAAUUAUACUGUUACUGAAUCACCAUACUCUUCUAAUGUUUCUCAAUAUAUUGCUCAUUUGUUGCCAGUUUCGAAGCAAUUUUUUUAUAAUACAAGCACUAAUAGUAAUUACAAUAAAGAUGAACCAACAAAAAAAAGAAAAUUUGGUCUGCAAGCAGCAAAACAAUCCAUUCAUGUAGACACGGAAUCUUGUUGGUUUUGUUUGUCAAGUAAGAACAUUACCAAACACAUGAUUAUAUCUAUUGGAGAUCAGGUAUAUAUGGCUGGUACAAGAGGUCCUUUGGUUAAAGAACAUAUAUUUAUUGCAACAAUUGAACAUUAUAAAUCAUUUGCUGAAGUACCACCAGACACAGAAAAUGAAAUUAAUUUGCUUAAAAGUUGUGUAAAUAAAUAUUUCGAAAGUACUAGUCGAGUAGCAUUGUAUUUUGAGCGCAGUAUUUUAUCGGCUCAUUUUCAGUUACAAGUUAUUCCAAUUCCUAUCAGAAUGAUUGAACGUUUAGAGCCGAUGUUCAAAUCCAAGUUUAAAGAAUAUGAUCUGAAUUUGGUAGAAAUUCCUCCAGCUGCUUCUUUACGUCAAAUUACAAUGAAUACUGCACAAUACUUUUGUGUUGAAUUACCCAAUGGAAAACGUUUGUUUCAUAAUGUUAACAAGAAAACUGAUGGUAUUCAGCCAAGAUUUCCUCUUCAUAUAGCAAGAGAGGUAUUGGCAUCACCAUCACUAUUAAAUGUCAAAGAUCGCAUUGAUUGGAAAACAUGCCAGCAACCUAUAAAUGAAGAAGAAAUGGAUGUAAAACUGUUUCGUCAAGCUUUUGCUCCGUAUAAUCCAAUCAAAGAUUAAAUAAUGACUGAUUUUAAUUUUAUUAAUAACAAACUAAAAUGAGUAUUUAAUACCGUUUGUAUUUGUUUGUAGACUUAAUAAUUGUUUAAGUUUUGUAAAAUAUGAUUUAAUUAUAAUUUGUUUUUUUGCCAUGAAAUCUGAUAUCAAUUGAAACUUGUACAUUUUUAGCAAAGAU